UCAUCCUAUCUCCAUCCAUCUCCAAAAACACAACACAACAGAAUUGCAAUUUGAUUCUAAUUAAUUAACAAAUAAAAACGACAGAAUCUGCUUCCACAAUGCACUAACCCUAACUCCCAUCAAAUUCACAAUUCAAUCGUCAUCUUCUUUUUCUUGCCUUUUUGAGCAGAUCUAGUCCCUUUCCGCGAACAGGCGAUGGCAUCGAAGGCCGUGGCCGUGGCAGCUGAGAAGGUUGGUAGGGCGGCGCGCCGUCAGGCCGUUACCUUAACGGACACCGCCGCCUCCCGUGUACGGCAGCUUCUUGAACAGCGCCAGAGGUCCUUCCUCAAGCUCGGUGUCAAGGCUCGCGGUUGUAACGGCUUAUCCUACACUCUCAACUAUGCAGAUGAAAAGGGGAAGUUUGAUGAGUUGGUUGAGGAUAAAGGUGUCAAGAUACUGAUUGAUCCAAAGGCCCUUAUGCAUGUCAUCGGAACAAAGAUGGAUUUUGUAGAUGACAAACUCAGAUCAGAGUUUAUUUUUGUCAAUCCAAACUCCAAAGGCCAGUGUGGUUGCGGUGAAUCUUUCAUGACAUCAAGUAGUGGAGGAGCUAAGCCAUGAAAUGGUUGCAAUUAUUGUUUGAUGAUUUUAAUCGGUGAACAUACCUGUACAAUUAAUGGAUUUCAAUAAUUUUGCCUGGGGAAACGAGGAAAUGAAAGCUUUUGGUGCUCGAACUACUGGAUAGUGAAUUUUGAAAUAGUUUCAUUACACGGUUCGCUGAAGCUAAUGGUAAUAACUAAUAAGGGCUUAGGACAACAACUAAUUUGUAUUAUCGCAACAUUUAUUCUGAUGAUUCCGAUUUCCAAUGUAAAUUAUGGAAUUUGUAUAGUGUGUACUUUGUAAAACAAUAUCAUUUAAAUAAAAGUAAAAUAUACACCAUUCUUAUAUCUUUA